CGAGUCUCGCCGUCACACUGACGUUUACAGUCAUUUGUGUAAGCACUUUCCUGCUGGGCAGCGCGGGCGCCAUUUUGUUCGUCUGUAAAACCGAGAAGAGAAAAGUCCUGUACUGGAGAGCCUACGUGCAUCAACCCGAACAUACUUAAUUCCACUCGGUAUAAACUGGUAAUUGUGCUAGAUUAAUUUAAAGUAAAUGUUAUUAAACAUUUUAUUUAUUUAUCAUUCAACAUAUUUUAGUACAGUCUAGUAGUUGUGUUAAAGUUAGAAUGCUAACUUACUCGAAGUUAGCAACAUGCUAUGCUAAGCCGUAGAAUAAGCUACCGUGUUGUUUGUCACGUAACGCUAAACAGCUAUUGGAUUUAAAAUAUACUCAUUUGGUCUUUACACGUUGUUUGUCUGUGUUUUUCAUAUGAAGAUUUGCAUAGUAAAUCGAGUCAAAUAAAACAAUGACACCACGGCCUAACUCGACAAUCUUGCAUAACGCGACAAUCAUUUGAGUAACGUUAGUGGAUUUCGAAGAUUACGGUAAUGUAAUACAGCUAUGGGAAUAUAAUUAUUGACUCUUAUUACAUUCAAAACGUUUUUGCUUCGGCUUUGAUUUAUGAUCGUGGUGAUAUUUGCUUUUUGUUCAUCUGUAAAAAUGUGCUUUAAACCUUUACACUUUACAAAUGCAGAUUUUGUAAACUGCACCUUAACGUUACAUUCGCGGACACAAAAUCGUCAAAAUGCUGAAUUUGAUACUAACUUUAAAACGUGAUUAAUACUGUUUACUAUGUUUGGAUCACCACACCAAGAACAAAAUCGUGUUGAAACACGACAUUGUUGUUACAGAAAUCCAUUGUUGUCUUUACGUGUUAUGUAAACCCUAACACAUGUUCUGUCUGCCAUGUUUUCCGUGUAAUAAUGCAUAUUGUGUCUCUGUCCUUAUUUAAAUAACCAACUUUUCAGCACAUGGGGAGUGUUUUUGUCUCCUUUUUGAAAUGUAGGUUAUUCAAGAUCUUGUCCCUCAUUCCAGAGGAUUGCUGGAGUUGGAUAAUGAGUUAGCUUUCCUGAAGAUUGCUGCCUUUUUGUAUUAAAAAUCUCUCCAUUGUUUUUUUUUCCCUCUUAUUGGGCUUUUUUUUAAAGUUCCUGUUUACCCCAUUUUAAUUUUUCCACCCGGCUUCCAGUGACGUAGAAGAUAUUGUUCCUUUUUUACCCAUUUCAACAUCUCCAAGAUAUCCAGAUAUACAUGUUUUGCCCCUUUUUGACUUCAUCUAGUUCAAGAAUUUUUUAAACUCCCCCAAACCCAAUCACCUCUCAAUUAUCAACAAUCUCGGAGAAAAACAAAAAACAAAAGGACAUUUUCCACCAUCUGCCAGUUUUAGCAAAGCAGUCUGAUGGGAACAGGUCACUAAAAGAGAGGCAAAAGUUGCCCCUGCUUCCCUUGUUCGCUCUGUACUCAUCAGUCAAGUAUUCCUUCAGGAUCCAAACAGUGCGGAGCGACUCUUCAAGGAGUGCUUGAGAUUGUGCCGGGGAACAUCUCAGCCACUGCAGGGAGAUUGCAAGUGUCCAGGACGAGAUCCCACCUCCUGACCCUGAAGAGUACAAACCUGUUCCAGAAUGACCUUGCAAGGAGAUGAUUGCUACUUUUUCUACUAUUCUACCUGUACGAAGGGUGACAGUUGCCCUUUUCGACACUGUGAGGCUGCCAUGGGUAGUGAAACGGUUUGCAACCUGUGGCAAGAGCAAAGAUGCUUCCGUAACGUCUGCAAGUUUCGACACAUGGAAAUAGAUAAAAACCGAAAGGAAAUUGCCUGCUAUUGGGAGAAUCAGCCGGCUGGAUGCCAGAAGCCUCAUUGUGCUUUCCAUCAUGAGAAGCCACGCAUCAUCAAUGGCAACUACUUGGCUCCAGAUAAGGGGCAGGUAGCGCGAAAGGACAAUGAAGAGGCCCCGCUUGAGGAGAAGGUGAACCAAGUCCCUGCACCCAGUGCAAACCCCACUAACCCACAGCUCAGAGGAGUCAAGAGAACUGAGACCCAAGAGAAUGUGCCCAGCCCUACUCAUCCACCAGUGGUCAUUAACCCUGUGGAUGACGAUGAUGAAGAUGAUCAGUUUUCAGAGGAAGGAGACGAAUCUUUAGGAGUCUCACCCCGGAAACUGGUCUCAAGCAAACAUGACUCUCUGGACUUUGGUAUCCAGACGUUAGAGGAGAUCAGGCUGAGGAAAGCACUUAUGUCCAACCUAAAGAAAGCUAGGCAGAGCACAGUGCAAGGCUUAGCCCAAAUCAGUAGACCUACUGUUGAAAAGGAAAACAUUCAGUCUCUCUCACGUCUGGAAGUUAACAAUGUCAAGAUUGAUUCAUCUGGUAAAGAAGUUGGAAAAAGACGAAUUGCAGACAGGCUUGGCAAAAGAAUUUUGGAAAGAGAUGUCCCUGGGGAAGAAGGCCCACCUUUAAAACGAAGCCUUGCUGAACGUCUCGGUGGAGUUGUUGAAUCCUCGACAGAUGUGCUAACAAAUAAAUCUCAUAAACCAGUGCACGAAAGACUUGGAUUGACAACUGACAUGAGUAGCGGUGACAGCGAGCCAAAAUCAUCCGGAGACAUUCGUAUAAAAACCCUAGAGGAGAUUCGGCAAGAGAAGGCAGCCAAAAACCUCAGCAAAAGUAAAGUUGUUCGUGUUGUGAAAGAAGUGCCGCAGAAAGAGAUCAGCCCCUCCAAAAAAAGUGUCAAACCUGUUGCUGGACCUCAAGUUAAAACUUUCUCUGAAAUCCUUCACGAAAAGAAAAGAAAAAUGCAGGAGAAAAAAGAGCAGGAAAUAAACAAAGCUGACAAAAGCCCAGAGAGGAGCGAAGAACCCUCUUCUGCCAGAGCCACUAAUAAGACCACUGUGACAACUGGGGAGGUCAGAGUAAAAACACUAGAGGAAAUCCGCAGGGAAAAAGCAGCUCGGAUGCAAACACAGCUUGGAGAGACCACAGACAACAAGACUCCAACCUCUAGUGAAGCAGAACUAAGUGGACCUUCAAAGAGGCGCAUUCUACGCAUAAACAAAACCUCACCUGCUGCAGUAACUCAGACAAAGCCAGAUGCCUCUGAGAAGAAACCAGAACCUGCAACUGAGGCAAAUGGAAAAAUCGAACCAUCCAGCGAGGUUGUCAAAGUGAAGACAUUUGAGGAAAUCAUGCGAGAGAAGAGACUCCGCAAGCUACAGGAAGAGCAGGUCACCUCCAGCAACCAGAAAGAUGUAGGAGCGUCUGAAUCACCGCCUGCCCCUGAACCCUCUGUCCAGCCUCAAACCACAGUCAGACAGAGGAUCACCUUUAAAGCCAAGCCCAGUCCACCUGUCUCUGAUGCUGUGGUGAUCGAGAAAAGCUCACCUGAGCGCUCUGAAGACAGCACUCCAUCAACUAACACACCAAAGCCCUCAACCUCACCAGUCAGACCAGUGCGGAUAGCAGAGGGUAUCGUUACACCAGCUGAGACCAAAGUGAGACCCAAAGUGAAUGUGAAGCCAUCAGUAGUGAAGCCGGCAGCCCCGUCUGUCCAGAAGAGGAAAGCUGCAAAAGUUCAUUCUGCUGUUGCUGAAGUCAAGCCUCUGAACACUACCUGUCAAACACCUUCCUCGCCAGUGAUGCCCAACAAGCGCCUUAAGAUGGCGUCACCCACCUGUAAGAAAGUGGUUCAGUCCGACACUCAGCAGGUGCCCUCCAACACAGAGAAUAUUCAGAUGAUGCCUGUCAGCUGUUCUGAACCCGCAAGCACUACAUCAGUGGAGACUGUUGUGGUCCCACAUAGCCCUGUGAUCAAAACCCCCAGCAUGCAACGCUCUCGGCGGUGCAGCACCACUUCUGGACGUCCUCCUGUUGUUACUAGUUCAUCAAUGGAUGACUUUGAAGACCUGUUGGAUGAAUUUACCGAUGAUCGACUUGAAGAUGAGUUGGAACUGGAUUCAGGCAAAGGAGAGGACGACCUUCUUUUAGAGCUUUCAGAGAUGAUUGACAGUUAAAAACUAAAAGCAUCAUCUCGUCACUUAAAAAACACUGCCUCUAUAUACAGCAUUUUAAAUUAAAUUUAAUUUUCAACUACAAUAGAUUUGUUUUAAUGUUCCUUUUUAGAUUUUUCUUGUCGAUGUAAAUAUAAUUUCCUCAUUGUCAGAAAGUGCUUGAGAAACACCAGUUAUGUUCAAAACGAGUCCUUUCGGUUUCUUUUAGUUGACAAUGUAAAGCUGUCAAAAGAAAAAAAAGUUCUUGCAGGUAUUACCAAGCCAUUAUUAUCAUCAUCAUCAGACAGCCUCAGGUAUAAUGAUUGUGUUGGAAGUUGCGUUAUAGCACUAUCUCUCAUCAUGUGUUACAGAGACAGGAAGUUUUCAGUUGUGUACUGUGUAUGCCGAAAAAUAGCUUUUUAUUAGAGAUGGACAGCAAGGACAUGUUUUCUUGUGUCAUAUGUAUGAUCUGAGUCAUUAAAUGUUUUUUGGCCGUCAAUGUUGUUGUUUUAAUAGGUGAUUCCCUCACCUUUACUGCUUAAUGAUUGGACAGAAGGCUGAAGGUCAUGGUUGUUUUUUGUUUGAGUUGUGCAGAAGAAAUCCUAUCAUAGAUUUUAUGCUAUGCUUCAUUCCCUUGGGGGACCUUCUCUACAUUUUUCACCUUGUGAAAUAAACGUGAGUUUAUUUUAGCAAUUAGUUUUUUAUUAGACUUCUGAAUGCAACAUAUAGGUGUGAAGCAGCUGGUUCUCAGGGAUAAAUACUUUGUUCAUCUUUUCUUGCGUGUGUUUUCUUUUUGUAUUUCCUCUUCUGUGUCGUUGUUUUAAUUCAUUUUCAUUUACUGACAUCAUGCAUUAAUGGCAUGUGAUAAUGUUGUUUGUUUUGUCUGCCUUACCUGAGUUACGCCUCUUCAGAACCAUCUUUGUAAAUAAAAUGUCUCUAUGAGAAAAA